AUGCCAAGAAGUUUCAAACCUAUUUACGAUGUUUUACUUUUAGAAUUCAAAUCUGGAUAUUACUGCAGAUCUGAUGCAAUUAGUGAAGAUCCUGUUUCAUUUAACGUUGAUUUUAUAUUAACAUUAGAUUAUCGUAAUGUUGUACAAGUCAAAGCCCAAAUAGAAGAAUUACAACAAUCUCAAAAAUCUUUUAUCGAAACAAAAGAAAGGCUUGUUCAAACAGGACUUAACUUAAAGGAACUAUCUGACCUUAAGGUGCAAUACGAGGAGUGCAUGAAAGAGAAAAGAAGAGUUCAACAUGAUUUUAUCGACCAAAAUCAAAAAAUGCAAGCGGCAACUAUCAUAACAACAAAUGACGAAGGACGAUCGGCGCUAAAAGAACAACUUACGAAGCAUAUACAAGCAAAUAAAGAAAGAAUUACAACAUCAAAACCUGAUAUCGAAGCUUACGAAAAAAUGAAAGAGUACAGACUGAUGGCUCUUCAAGAGAUGCUUCUAAUAUUUCCAUUGGGAGACAACAACAAGUUUUGUUACAUGAAUUAUUACCAAACACCUGCAAAUUUGCAACAAUUUAACGAAAUGAGAGCUUAUUUGGGAUAUGCUACACAUUAUAUUCGAGAAUUGUCCAGAAUUCUCGGAAUUCCUCUCCCAUUUGUUUUAUAUCCUCAAGCAGCAGCGUCAAAGAUCACUUCUAGAUUGAUAGAGAAAUCUGUUGCAAUACCAGCAGACUUCAACGUUCCUAAUAUCAAAAUUAUGCAAAGUUAUGAACAAAUUUUGGUUGAUUGCUCAAAACACAUCUUAAUUCCCUGUUGA